ACCUGCAGCUCCAAUUCCAAGAAGGGAAAAGUCAUGGAGGGGGAAACGAUGUAUGAGUACUUAAGUAACGAUUCCACAUUGACAUACGGCUUGGGAGCAUUUGUGCUGCUGUGGGCUCUGAUUUGGUUCUACCGGGACAAUCUGGAGGUCAACAAGGUCACGGAGAAACACGUCUUUGUGACUGGUUGUGACUCUGGUUUCGGACACCUACUUUGCAAACGUCUCGACAAACGCGGUUUCCGCGUCCUAGCCGGGUGUCUCACAGAAAAGGGGGCGGAUGAUCUGAAAAGGGUGACAGGACCGUUCCUGAAGACCUGCAUACUGGAUGUGUCCAGCACUGCCAGCAUUCAGAAAGCUGUGGAAUGGACCAAAAAAGAAGUUGGAGAUAAAGGACUCUGGGGUCUGGUGAACAAUGCUGGACGUUCUCUUCCCAUGGGUCCCUCUGAGUGGAUGAAAAUCGAGGACUUCCAAAGCACCCUAAAAGUCAAUAUGAUCGGUGUGAUCGAGACCACCAUGAACUUCCUGCCUCUUGUCAAAAAGGCCCGUGGUCGAGUGGUUAACGUGGCCUCCGUGCUGGGCAGAGUAGCAGCUAACGGUGGAGGCUACUGCAUCUCAAAGUUUGGGGUGGAGAGUUUCUCUGACUGUCUCAGGAGGGAUAUCCAAUAUUUUGGGGUCAAUGUGUGUAUAAUCGAACCAGGAUUUUUCAAGACGCAGGUGACCAGUCUGGAACCCAUUGAAAGAGAACUGCACCGCCUCUGGAACCAACUGACUCCUGAAGUGAAGGAGAGUUAUGGAGAUAAAUAUUUGGAUAAAUACAUCAACAUCCAGAGACUGAUCAUGCAUGCCAUAUGCGACUCUGACCUCAGCAAAGUGACCAACUGCAUGGAACAUGCCCUGCUGGCAGUCCACCCAAGAACACGCUAUAGUGCAGGCUGGGAUGCCAAGCUCUUAUGGAUCCCCUUGUCUUAUAUGCCCGCUUGCUUUGUUGACAUUGCACUAAAGCUGGUGAUGCCAAAGCCGGCCAAAGGCGUAUAGAUUUAGACUAUUGAUAAAGUAAUUUUAGACUUGAUACCAUUAACAGAUUUGUAUUCUGUUUUUUACUUUUGGAUUUUGUUUUCUUCUUAUGAAACUGGAUGAUGUUCUGUUUCAGGAGCAUAUGGCCCACAAGUUUUGGAUUUGUUGAAUUAGGUUUGUAAGUGUUGAAGUGUUUUCAAGAGAUUGCAAAGACUUUAACAUGUUUGCAAAUUGUAGUGUUUUAAAGACUAAGGAAAGAUAUUUUUAAAAUGUUAAAAUGAACACAACUAAUAAUUUUGAAUGAAACGCAUAUGUAGGUUUACACACUGCAUUUGUUUUUCUUGUUCUGCAGAUCAUUUCUAUCAUAUUCACAUGCCUUACAAGUGCAUUUUAAAACCCUUAGAGAUUGCUUUAGGUCUGAACGAACCAAAAAUGUGUCACUUAUUCUGUCACCAAUUUGUGCCUGUUUGUUAUGUACUGUAUAUUGCUAGAUUAAUUAACUUUAUCUUAAGGUAAUGUAUUUUUCUGAACCUGACUUACAUUGCUCGACUUGCCACCUUAUGGAUAUUUUAAUGGAAAUAUUUAUUGGCAAACGGA